AUGGCUGCUCCAACACUAGUUCCAAACCUUCUUCCCAUGAUAGAUAUCAACAAGGCAAAAAUGAUCUCACCAGGAACACCUUCAUGGCUUGAAUCAUGUGCUACAGUUCGCCGGGCUCUUGAAGAGUACGGCUUCUUUGUGGCUAUAUAUGAUCAAAUCUCCUCAAAACUCAAGCAAGAGGUCUUUGAUUUGGCCUCUGAGUUGUUUGAACUUCCCCUCGAAACGAAGGUCAAGAACACCAGGAACAUGGUAGAUGGAUACAUUGGCCAACUUCCUAACGCCCCGCUUCACGAAAGCACCGCCAUUUCUAAUGCUACAACGGCUCAAGCAGUCGAAAGUUUCACCAAUCUCAUGUGGCCUUCUGGAAAUGACCGAUUUAAAAAUGCCAUAUCAUCCCACGCUAAGCUUGUAGGAGAACUGGAGAACUUUGUGAACAAAAUGGUGUUUGAUAGCUAUGGAGCAGGGAAGCAUAUUAAGCAAUAUAUUGAGUCAACAACAUUCAUUCUUCGACUUAUUAGCUAUAAACCUCUCCAAGAAGGAUUGGAAAAUGGAGAAAUUGGAGCUAAUAUUCACACCGACAAGGGCUUCCUAUCCAUAAUUCAUCAGAAUCAAGUGAAUGCAUUGAGUGUAGAAACAAGAGAUGGACAGUGGAUUGAUGUCGAUUUUCCUCCAAAUUCAUGUGUUAUUAUGGCAGGAGAUGCGUACGAGGCUUGGAGCAAUGGUCGAAUUCGUCCUGCAAAACAUCAAGUGAUCAUGAAGGCUGGAGAUCAAACAAGAUACACCGCGGUCCUCACUUCAUACAAAGAAGGAACAGUGGAAAUACCAGAAGAGUUGGUGGAUGAAGAAUACCCUUUACAAUAUAAGCCAUUUGACCACAUGGGAUUAGUUGAGUUCUCCUACUCCGGAACCCUAUCUGACAUGAGUGGAAGCGCUGCCAAGUCCUUUUGCGGUAUCACUGCUUGA